AUGGCCAGAUUAGGUUUCCAGCCAAAAGUAAGUCCUCUGCCAGACGGAAUUGACCUCAAAGGCAAGACGGCUGUGGUCACCGGUGCCAGUGCUGGCUUAGGGUUAGAAGUGACUGGACAACUAUUGCAAUUGAACAUCUCAACCGUCAUCCUCGCUGUCCGAAAUGUAGCGAAGGGCGAGGAUUGUGUGAAAGAGUUACGCGAUGACCCUCGCAUCAAGAGCCGGAAUCCCAAGGCAAGCAUCAAAGUGAUGGAGCUGGACGUCGACAUAUACGACAGUGUCCAGCGAUUUGCCAAGAAGCUCCGUGACGAAGUCCCCAUCGUCGACAUCCUCAUUCUCAACGCGGGUAUCGGAGUUUUCAAGCUCGAGCGCAGUCCUAGCGGUCAUGACCGAGUCAUCCAGGUCAACUACAACUCUAAUACCCUCCUAAUCGCGGAGUUGCUACCAUACCUCGAAGCCGGCGCGGAAACGACCGGCUCCCCUGCUCGCAUCACCUGGGUCGGUAGUCGAGCAUACGAUCAAACGAGCCUCCGCAAAACCCCUCUUCGGCCCGACAAACGCGUUCUCGAGUAUAUGGAUAGUGAAGAGUCCUUCUCCCCGUUCACCAGAUACGGUGACUCCAAGCUGCUUUGCCUUCUGUUCAUGUACAGUCUUGCGCCUCGACUCGAUCCGAAAAAGGUCAUUAUCAACAUGUUGUGCCCGGGUAUGAUACAAACCAAUAUGAGUGAUGUUCUCCCAUUCUAUCUGCGGGUAAUGAUAAAUGCCCUCAAAGCUAUACGAGCUCGAUCAGUGGAGGUGGGCGGCUGGAUUGUUCUUAAUGCUGCGCUAGUUGUAGGGCCAGAAUCCCAUGGGAAAUUUUUUUCCGACAAAGAUAUCGCUGGUGACAACGAUUACAUAUCAUCUCCCACCAUGCAGGAAGUGCAGAAGAAGCUUUGGGAGGAGACUAUUGCAGAGCUUAGCCAGCUCACUACACUCCCGCCACAAUUCAAGUAG